AUGUCGCACAUCAUCUACUCACUCGGUUUCUUAGUGCCCUAUCCCGGGCGGCUCAACCCUCUGGACGGUCUCGUCUGCAUGCCGCCGCCCCUCAAAGAAGGGGAGGACCCUGCCAGAUCCAGUGACAUGUUCAAGUACUUCCUCAAGCCGCCCCUCAAGGAGGGGGAGGACACUGCCGCUCGGCAGUGGCUCUUUCAAGUACUUCCUUUAGUCUACUUCCUGUACUACCGCUCGCCCAUAGCAGUGAGCAUCACCGAGUCGCACCAAAGCUUCUUCCACUUCCUCACUCAACUCUGUGCCGUGCUAAGGGGCACCUUUGCCCUCAUAGGUGGGUGGGGUGCACAGGUGGGUGGGGCGCACAGGUGGGUGGGGCGCACACGUGAGUGGGGCGCACAGGUGGGUGGGGCGCACAGAUGGGUGGGGCGCACAGGUGGGUGGGGCGCACAGGUGGGUGGGGCGCACAUGUGGGUUGGGCGCACAGGUGGGUGGGGCGCACAGAUGGGUGGGGCGCACAGGUGGGUGAGGCAUACAGGUGGGUGGGGCGCAGAGGUGGGUGGGGCGCACAAGUGGGUGCAUGGUAGGGGCACAUUUGCACUCGCAGGCCCAGUUUUGAAUCGACUCUAG